AUGCCUUGGAAUGGAUUCAACCCAAUUGAGGACCGUUCAGCUUUGGAUUUACAUAAUCUCUCGUCAUUGAAUACAUACGGAGCAGGAGUCUUCUUGACCUCAAACGAUGUCGUCACAACAACCAGCCCCACCUGGAUCCUAGGAGAGAUCCCCGACACUACAGGUGCGUUACGAAACUCUACCGCGUGCGCUGUGGUGAUGGUCGACCACAGUGAUGUGGAUGUGGAUGUGGAUGUCUUCUACUUUUACUUCUAUUCCUUCAACGAGGGUGGAGAUAUCCUGCAAGUUGUACCACCAUUGGAGAAGCUCUUGCCCGAGGCUAAGCCUGGUGACCACUAUGGCAACCAUGUCGGCGACUGGGAACAUAACAUGAUCCGCUUCAAGAAUACUAAACCAACUGGUAUAUGGUACAGUCAGCACGCCUAUGGGCAGGGUUGUGCAUGGGAGGACGAAACAUGCUUCUUCAAGGACGGCGACAGACCGAUAGUAUACAGUGCCAAGGGGUCGCAUGCGAACUAUCCAUUCCCGGGGAAUCACAUUCAUGAUGAAGCACUCAUUGACCUUGCAGCAACAGGCCAGAUCUGGGACCCCGUGAAGCCGGCAUAUUAUUACAGAUACGACCCUGACAGUAAAACUUUUGAAGCUGCAGACCCGUCCACUUCACCAACCGACUGGCUGUACUUCGAUGGUCAAUGGGGCGACAAGCAAUACCCAGACUCCGAUCCGCGACAGCAAACAGUACGCUACUUCGGCCUCAAGAAGUACAAUGACGGACCUAAUGGUCCUCAGUUCAAAAACCUUGUCCGAAAAGGGGUGAUGCCAGACCAUAAGCCAAGGGAUCCGCUGAUGAAGAAAUUGGUGCGGUGGUAUUUGUCGAUGUAUGGGUGUUGUCUCAAAGGAUACAAUCCCUGGGCUGUAAUCGUUACAGUUGUGCUAGCACUGGCUCUUCUUGUUGGCCUGACCGUUUUCGCGGUGAGGAAACUCAGACCACGGGUAUGGACCUGGGUCCAAAGAAAAGGAUGGCUUGCCAGUCGCAAGCAACGCAUAUCUCGACUUGAGCAGGAAGAUGUACAGUUGGGACUUCUUGAGCCUGAGAGAAUAGAAGAUGAAAGUAGAUAUCGAUACCCCGAAUAG